CUUAUGGCGUGAAAAAUAUGAGAUUAGCCUGCAGAAACUUGUUGCAAAAACUGAUCAUCGACACACCACAUUGUAAACGCUGGAUAUACGUGGAAAAACUGAUCAGCAAACAGUUGUUAAAAAUCUAAACUAGAGAAUGUCAAAUAGAGCUGCAGUGGGCGCAUGGAGAUGACGUCAUAUGUAUACAUCGUGCUCCAGCCUCCAUCAUCAUCAUCAAUACUUUUUUCUGCCUUAAUCGCCCUGCAAUUUACGCAGAGGCCUUGUGCUUGUGCAUGGAUACUGAAAAUGAAAGUGCUUUUAUGUAUGCAACCUCAAUGUUGCUAAAUGUUGCGUCGAACGCUCUUUUCAUUCAUUUAUUUUAACCCAAAGCAGUCCGUAAGUGUAGCGCAAACCGUGUCGCAAUGAUACCUAUCCCGAUUGUAGUGUGUGUGAUGGGAGGAUGGUGUGCCGUCUACCUAACGGACACUCUCAUAAAGACUUCUACUUCUGUGAGACACAGGUAUGAGACCUGGCUGUCAUCCAACGGGCUCACUCUGUCCCCAUUCCACGUAAAAUGGCAAACAGGUCUUUUCAACCGCCUGUUUGCCAGAUGUGCUAGCAUCAACCCCCACUUCCUUCACUUAUGGUUCAGCGUAGGUAUGGUGUUUGGGGUGGUGGCCAUGUUCGGCUCCGUGGUCUUGCUCUCGCGGACGCUGCACCAGACGCUGAAACAGAUGACCUCAGAGGCCCCAGAAGGUUCUCAUGAGCAGGUUCUCCAAGUGGUGGUGCCCGGGGUGAACCUGCCCGUGAGUCAGCUGGCGUACUUCUUCAUUGCCAUCUUAGUCAGUGGAGUAAUACAUGAGUUUGGCCAUGGGGUGGCAGCACUGCGGGAACAGGUGCGGCUGAACGGGUUUGGCAUCUUUGUGUUUGUAGUGUAUCCUGGGGCCUUUGUAGACCUCUUCACUACACACCUGAAUCUUAUCUCUCCUGUUCAGCAGCUCAGAAUAUUCUGUGCAGGAGUAUGGCACAACUUUAUGCUGUGCGUGGCGGCUCUGUGUUUCCUCCUGCUGCUUCCUCUGCUGCUGUUCCCCCUCUACUACACUGGAGCUGGGGCCUUGGUCACCGAGGUGGUGGAGGGCUCGCCCAGCAGUGGACCGCGGGGGCUGUUUGUGGGCAACCUGGUGACGCGUCUGGAGGACUGUGAGGUGCGCGGGGUGGACGACUGGCAGUCCUGCAUCCGGCAGCUCGUCCAGCACCCACAGACGGGCUACUGCGCCAGGGCCAGCAAUCUGCAGAUCAGCUGGGCAGCCGGACGAGCUUACAAGCGUCUGGAUGGGACGAUGGAGUGCUGCAGCAACAACAGCCUGACCGACCUCUGCUUCUCCUACCACAGCAACCAGGAGGGCAGGAUGUACGCCUGCUUGCCUGCGCGGAGGACCAUGGAGUCCAGUCCCACCUGCAUGACCAACGCGGACUGCCAGAAGCAGGAGCAGGGCGAGGGGGCAGGGCCCAGCCUGUGCAUGGUGCCCUCGCUGGAGAACCAGACGCGGCUCAUCCGCGUGCGUCACCCUCCCCAUCCUGACAUGCUCUUCGUCGGCUACCCCUCCCACCUGCAGUACUCAGUGAGUCUUUCAAACUUCGUGCCUCGCCUCGGCUUCCUACACUUGGACCUGCCGGUGCUGCUGGAGACCUUCUGCAAAUACCUGGUGUCAUUGUCGGGGGCUUUGGCGGUGGUGAACGCGGUGCCCUGCUUCGCUCUGGACGGCCAGUGGAUGCUGACGUCGUUCCUGGAGGCGUCGCUGGGCACGCUGGUACCCGAGAGGAGCCGUCGGGAGAUGCUGGGCUUCUGCAUCCUGCUGGGCGGCAGUGCCCUGCUCGCUGCCAACGUAGCGCUGGGACUCUGGAUGGUCACAGCGCGAUAACACACACACACACACACACACACACACACAGAGCUGGGGCAGAGGACUUUGGAUCAGGUCCUUCUCUCAUCAUCAGAUAAGUCCCCUCCCCCUCUGACUCGACCAAUCACAUUCAGGCUCAUGAACUCCGACUCAGAGACCCUUGGAAGGGAAGUAGAGUAAAACUACAUCUCCCAUCAUGCUCUAGCAUCUGAUAAGAAAGUGGCACAGUCCGUAUCCAUGGUCCCUCCGUCACAAGAUGGCCAAACAUGGAGGAUGAGUUAUUUUUCAUUGGGCUCGAUUGCCUGUGCAACCUUGUUUCGAUGGCUUUGGGGAAAAUUUAGUGUAUCCUUGCUCCAAAAAAAUAAAAAAUGCCUGCUGCUGUUUGAAAGAAACAAAACAAAAACCAACAAAAGGGACUCAACAAACCACGGACGCUGUUAAAGCACUGUUUUAGUCCCGCAUCAUAUCCCAGUAGUAUCCCAUGCAUACACACAGAGUGUACGCCAUGUCAUGAUGUCUUUGCUAUGCACGCACUGGACGCUCUCCACCUGAAGGGCCCUUCUGCUUUAUGUCCAUGUUAGUCUGUGUCGCUCCCCCCCCCCCCCGUGAACGCUGCGUGGGUUCCUAUCCCAUGGUCACUUUCCAUAUCCACUGGAGGAGGUCCAGUUGGGGUGAUGUUCAUUCCUGAAACUAAAAGCACUUUGCUCAAGCUCAGUAAAAGGGAGUUGUUGUUGUUUAUGAAACCAUGGAACGUUUUGGUUGUGGAGAACACUGAAAAGAUCAUAAAGUCAUUGUUCCCCCACCCCAAUAAAUCUCUCCUAUCUCCUUUGGAACAUGA